CAGUCGUCAGUGUGAGGUCUGCUUUGGUUGGCGAGGUAACCUUCCGCUCUCUCUAUCUCGCGAUCGAUGCUCGAGGAGGGGAACAUUUCACUACGCUGUCCUGACCUGGGGGCGCCACUGAAUUCGCGUGGAAAGGAAUAGAAUAGACGAACCAGCUAUAAAUCUCCCUAAGAAUCUGACAGCCUUUUUGACCCCCACAAAAACAAAAUGGCUAUCCACGACUUCGACACAAUCUUCGACCACAUCGGAGGGUUCGGUCGGUACCAAAUGUUCCUCUUCGCCGUCAUCUGCUACAUGAGCGCCAUGCUAGCAUUCGUCUACUUCGGCCAGAUCUUCAUGACGCUGACGCCCCCCCACUGGUGCAGCCCCCCGCCGGGGCUGGAGGUCAACGACCUUCUCUCUCUUGACGAAGUGAAACGCCUGACGAUUCCCAUAGACCCAGAGACCUCCGAGUUCUCGCGGUGUCAGCGGUACGACGUGGAUGUCAGCGCGCUGUUGCAAGGAAACAUGACAUCACAAGAUCCCACAACCCUUUGGAACGUAACAAGUUGCACGUACGGAUGGACGUACGACUUCAGCACGUAUUAUCCUACCAUUACCUCAGAGUUAAACUGGGUUUGCGACAACGACUGGAAACCCGCCUUCAGCCAGUCCUUCUUCUUCAUCGGAUCCUUUCUAGGACUCCCGAUCCUCGGCUGGGCAGCCGACAAGUGGGGACGCCUUCCUGUCAUCGUGGUGACGAAUGUCGCCUGCGGGAUCUUCGGCGUCGCCUCUGCCUUCGCUCGUUCCUUUAUUAUUUUCACAGUUCUCAGGUUCAUCGUCGGUCUGACCUACGAUACGCACUACACUGUGGUGUACAUACUCGUGAUGGAAUAUGUGUCGAGUGAGUACCGCACAGUGAUGGGCAACAUACCCAUAAUGCUGUUCCUCACGGCAGCCAUGUGUUCCCUGCCCUGGAUGGCUUAUUUUCUCAGGAGCUGGACCAUAUAUGCAGUGAUCAUUCACAUUCCCCAGAUCCUCUGCAUUAUUUUCGUCUGGGUCCUGCCAGAGUCUGCCAGAUGGUUAAUAAGUCAAGGGAGACUGGAGGAAACCUUGAAGAUCAUCAGAAAGGCUUCCCAGGUCAACAAGAAGGUCCUUUCACCAGAAUUCAUUGAAGAGUUCAAGGAUUAUGUGAAGGAGCAGUCAUCGCAGAAACAAAGCACAGCUGGUGUGAUUGACCUCUUAAAAACGCCAGUUUUGAGGAUGAGGUUCAUUCUCCUGAGUAUUAUGUGGAUGACAAUUAUCCUCGCAUACGACGGGCACAUGAGAAACACAGAGAACAUAGGCCUGAAUGUCUUCAUCUCCUUCACUGUGUUGGGAGCUGUGGAGCUCCCAGCAGAUUUUUUGACAAUCAUAGGCAUAGAGUGGAUUGGGAGAAGACAUACCACUGUCUGGACACUGGUUCUGAGCGGCGUAGCCUGUUUGCUCAUUGCUGCAAUGCCAGAAGCCGAAACAACAGUCAUAUUUGCCCUAGCCAUAGCCGGGAGGUUCCUCAUCACGAUGUCAAUCAACGUCGGUCAGCAGUACAUAGUUGAGGUUCUUCCAACCGUCGCCAGGAGUUCUGGAGCUGGUGCUAUCCAUACCGUGGGAAGUGCAGUUUCCUUCUUGUCUCCAUACAUUGUCUAUUUGUCCAAGUUUGGCCACUUCCUUCCCUACAUGAUCAUGGGCAUUGUGACCAUCAUAGGGGGCAGCUUUUGUGCUCUCCUGCCGGAGACCAUCAACGAAAAGCUGCCCGAUUCACUCCAAGACGGAGAGACGUACUUCACCGGCCAGGGGUAUUGCUACAAUCCCUGUUCUGCCAGGCAUCACUACGAGGAAGAUUACAAGUACGUACUUCUUGAUUUUUUGUCUGAUGAAUUCUGAGCUUCCCCAGGACUGUAAUUCUAUUUAGUAAUGAAUAUAAUCAUAUUUUAUUUUAAUCGAAUGACUAAUUACAUUAUUUGUCCGACAGUUCUUAGUUAUGAAUUGAUGAAUAUAUAUUUUUUAUUUAUUUAUUUAUUUAGUUAUUUAUUUAUCCUUUUCGUUAUUCAUAUUCCUGAAGUUUAUACCAAGAAUAUGAUUCUCAGAGAAAAUAUAUCAGGUCAUAUUUUUAAGGAUAUGAAAUAAUGAAUUCGCCCUCUAUUAGACACUUCAAAUGACUGAUUACGUUCAUUUAUAUGUAAUCUUCAUGCCUUUGUCUGACCAUCUAUGCGGUUACGAAUUUAUCAUUUCUACUUAUUUAUCUAUCCAGUUCUGCCAUUUUUAUGAUUCACUAUUCGUGUCACUGAACCAAAAAUCUUUUGGGAUACAGGUUUUUGAGAAUCCACAAAUCCUAUUAUGUGUCUGGCUAAUCCUCCCUAAAUCUCCUGGCUUAUUAUUUACUAUCUCUGCUGGCUCUGAGACGACUGUGUGACACUGCAUAUCUAUGUUGACUCUGCGACGACUGUAUGAUGCUGCCUAUCUCUGUUGGCUCUGAGACUACUUUAUGAUACUGCGUCUCUCUGUUGGCUCUGAGACUACUUUAUCACACUGCCUAUCUCUGCUGGCUUUGAGACUACUUUAUGACACUGCCUAUCUUUGCUGGCCCUAAGACUACUUUAUGACACUGCUUAUCUCUUCUAGAUCUGAGACUACUGAGUGACACUGCUUAUUUCUUCUAGCUCUGAGACUACUGUGUGACACUGUCUGUCUGUUCUGGCUUCUAUGUUGGCUCUGAGACGACUGUGUAACACUGCCUGUCUUUGUUGGCUUUGAGAUUGCUGUGUGACACUGCCUGUCUCUGUUGGCUGAGACUGUGUGACACUGCCUAUCUCAGUUGGCUCUGAGACUACUGUAUGACACUGCCUAUCUCUAUUUUCUCGGAGACUACUUUAUGACACUGCCUAUCUCUGCUGGCUCUGAGACGACUGUGUAACACUGCUUAUCUCUUCUGGCUCUGAGACAACCUUGUGACACUGUCUAUAUCUUUUGGCUCUAAGAUGACUGUGACACUGCCUGUCUUUGUUGGUGCUGACACUGCUAUGUGACACUUCCUCUUGCAUUAGACCCUACCUUUUCAAGGUCUUGUUAUAUCUAAAUCUUGUCGUUGUAGGGUUUCGUUAUCCAGUGAUUUUAGAUGAUCCUGCGGUUAGUAUUUCCAUCAUCCUUCUUAUUGAAGGAUCUGUCUGUUAGUCGUCGUUGUAACUUCCAUCGAAAGUACCUUCCUGUACUUCUCUGUAAACAUGACCUGUUAUCCUAUACGCCUCUUUAGGUCUAUGGGUGGUGCAGGUAUGCUUAUUCCCUGCAAUGUUACUAGAAGGUAUCCAACCUUUUUCCACAGGUUAUGUGGUAUCCUAUCUUUCUUCAGAUGCAGUACAAGGUAUCCUAUCUUUCUCCAAAUGUACUUUACAGUAUCGUAUCUUUUUUCAGACUCGUGUAGUAUCCUGUCUUCCAUCUCGGGUGCUACUUAGUAUCCUAUCUUUUUCCACAGGCCAUAUGGUAUCCUAUCUUUCUCCAAAUGUACUUUACAGUAUCGUAUCUUUUUUUCAGACUCAUGUAGUAUCCUGUCUUCCAUCUCGGGUGCUACUUAGUAUCCAAUCUUUUUCCACAGGCCAUAUGGUAUCCUAGCUUUCUUCAGAUGCAAUAGAAGGACUCCUAUUUUUUUCCAUAUGCAAUAUUUCCCAUCUUCCAACAAAUGUACUACGAUGUAUGCUAUCUUCUUCCAAAUGCAAUGCAUUGUAUCCUAUCUUAUUUCCCCACUCUUAUGGUAUCCUAUCUUCCUCCACACAUGCAAAAUAGGAUUCUGUCCUCUUCCAUACAUGCUAUAUACCUUGUAUGUUAGAGCCAUUACAAUUUUCUAACACUAUGUUUUACGUCAGUAAGUCCAAAAUGAAUGCGUCUCUAACUUGACUUCUCUGGAUAAAGAAAAAAAAAUAGAUAAAAAUCGGAGAAUAGUUAAGAGAUUAGUAAAUUCAUUCUUGCUCUCUGCUGCUGCUACUGACGUGUAUCAGUUUAAUUUUAUAUUUUAUAUCGGUUUAAUUUUAUCUCUCUCUCUCUCUCUCUCUCUCUCUCUCUCUCUCUCUCUCUCUCUCUCUCUCUCUCUCUCUCUCUCUCUCUUUCUCUCUCUCUCUCUCUCUCUCUACAGACUGAUUUCCGUUUGAGCCCUCUUGGGUAAUACGAGUCUUUGUUUUUAAGAAAUAAAGAGAUGAGAUAGUCAUAAUUAUCUUGAAUCCAUUUUUCUGAUUACUAAAUGAUAUUUCGGAUCACAUUCAAAUAGUGUGAUUUUGGAAUGGAAUUGUUAGGCUGGGACCUAUGAGGUCUUCGUCGCUGAAAUGGAAAUUGAGAGUGAAAAGGUUUGAAAGGUGUAACAGGAGGAAAACCCGACAGUUGCACUGUGAAACCGUUUUUAGCAGAGGUUGUAAAGAAAGAUGGAAGAAAGAGAAUGUGAUCGGAGGUACAGUCAAAGGAACGAAAGGGGUUGCAGCUGUUGGCCGAAGGGACGCUGCAGUGAACCAUAAGUAAUGCCUACAGUGCACCGCGUGAGGUGCACUGACGGCAGUACCCCGCUACGGGGCCUAAUUGUUCGAUUUUUAGAGCAUCGGUCUAAGGUCACCUCACUUCCCGGAAGGUUACGCAAGAGUGGAUUAGACCCAAUUUUAAUACGUUGUCUUUUUGCCCUUUUCUAAGAUGUCUUCAUCAAGGUAAGGUGGAAUGUUGAACAGUAGGUCAGUGUAGGUCAUGGUAGGUCGCUCUUCCCGUUUUUGUGGUAAUUUUCUCCUUUUUACAGGUCGAGUGUUUGCAAAUAGUCAUUGUUUGUAAAUAGCGUAUCUUGUAAUUUUUUGCUAUUUAUUUUUAUUUAGGGAAGAUUUAUAGUGGAAAAAUAUAUUUUUUUCGUGUCUUCUGUUAGCCCAGAAAUAUUUUGAAAUGGCCAAUGAAGAGUUUAGUUUUAUUUUUUUAUGAACAUGGUUUUACUCUCUUUAUUUUGACAGUAAAAAUUAGUUAAUUCCUCCUUUCACUCUGAUAUAUAUAUAUAUAUAUAUAUAUAUAUAUAUAUAUAUAUAUAUAUAUAUAUAUAUAUAUAUAUAUAUAUAUAUAUAUAUAUAUAUAUAUAUAUAUAUAUAUAUAAUUACUCCUGCAUGCAGCUGUCACAGUUCUGGCCCAUUCAUUUAAAAUACAUUCAGAUUUACAAAAGAGAUUACUCAAAUACUUUUUCCUUCAAGUUUACCAGAUACUAACGUUAAUAAUAUAACUUGGUGUGAUUUACUUCCAUACCAAAAUUUUCUUUCCUACAAGUGCCAAAAUUGUUCAUAAAGAAAAUAACAAGUUGUCAAAAAUAUUUACCUGCCCUCCCAGUUUUUCUCUCUUAGAAUUUGUUCACAGUUUCAGUAAUUAUUAACUAUAUGAAUAUUUUUUUCCACGCGUCAGAAUAUCGGAAGACAAUUCUGCUGUAAGCUCACACUUGCUAACAAAUGGGGAAAACAGCGAAGGUGACGCCCGCGAAGACGACGACAGAAGCGACACCGAGAGCGUCAGUCUCAUGAUGCAAGAUCUGUUGCUGUACACCCCAGAGGACGAGUCGAGGUACUACAGGGUGCAACACGCUUGAAGCCCCCACCCACUCCUGCGGCUGUUUUCCUACACACUGACGAGAGAAGAGAUGCGUACAAGACAGUAUUGUGCGACCUGCAAAGGAGGACGAAGUAUGUCAUCACAAGGGCCCGUUCUCUGCCAACUUUUGGCGUCUUGCUGCCAAAUGUUUUUAAUCUGCUGACUUCUUCUUCUUCUUCUUCUUCUUCUUCUUCUUCCCCUGUUGUGAAAUCGGGUUUUUGCCUGUCUGAUGGUAGCUUAGACGCUAGAGCACUCAAAUAUUCAGUCAAUUCGCAUGUUUGUUUAGAUGAUGUGCUAACAUGGCCAAAUCAAUUUUGCUACCACCAGUAUUAAAAAAAUUUGGAAGCAAGAAGUCAAAGGAUGGUGGGGAAUGUGUCCGAGUGACAUCUUUCGAAGGGUGCUUGAUCUAGAUGUUAAUUCUGUAGUAUUUCUUUCAACAAGACGAUUAGUAAAUCACGUACAACCAUGUGUAUACGUAUCUAGUUGUAUCUGCCUCUUUGGACUUGGUCUGAAUGUAGGCGCGCGGGUAUAUAUACAGUCAUCUCAAGGAAUGAUUCGUAUAAGUGUCACGUAACCAUAAUUUCUUGUAAUUUUUAGUAGUGCAUGACCAUGGUUAAGUAACAUCACUUUAAUGCACACUGGUAAGUAAAGAUUUGGAUCAGAAUCUUGAGAUAUAUUGCCUGUUUUGGUGGAAAGUUGCUAAAAGUGGCCACAAAAAAAAGUGCCAUUUCUCCUGCACUUCGGUAAAAGCCACGUCAGAAUUUAAGCCUAUGCUCUAUAUAAUAUAAUAUGUGUAAUCAUGAUUGAAGUUUAAUUAUAUUUGUAUUCUUUAAGAUGAUACAUAUGUAACCUUCCCCUUUGAAGUGAGGAUCAGAUUGCGAGGAUACAUAAUGGUCCGUAGAUGGGAUUAGUCAGAUACGUUGAUAAGUUUGUGAAGCAUCCUUUUGUAAGAGGAGCCAUAAUGCGUAAGUCCUGUUCAUCUUGAAAUCCAUAAUGCAGCAAACCCAAUUUGGACUCUGGUCCAUGUAUGCUGUUAAACAAGUGGCUAUAUAUGGUGAAGGCUCAGUCUGAUUGCACAUUUUUUGUUCAAAAGUCCCGUUUUUUAUUAACAGUGGGUACGUCCUUCUUCUGUCAUUUUCUCUCCGUCGAACCCUUGGUUUGACCCAGCCAACUUUUCAGAGAAAAAUUGUUUAUAAAUGUCCGGUUGAAAGGCUGGAAUCCAGGAGCAACCCAUAAAUGAAAAAUUGAUCUGGUUUGGAAUUGGAUGCAGUCUACUCUGAUAAUUGAGGGGGACACUUUAGGACAGCACCUGGGCGCAUUUCUUAUGUAUGUUGUCAAACAAACUGCAGAUUGAUUUCAGUGAUGUGUCCAAGAUUUAGGUCUUAAGAGGACACUGCUUUCUGACUGCAGGCUACUUAACGAUGAGCGAUGGGCCUUGAAUCAGGUCUGUUUACGUAUUUCCCAUUUGGGUCGUGACAAGUUUUGUUUAGCUUCCAGAAUGAACGUAAUAUAACUGUGAAGGAAUCAGGAAGAUAUAAGGGAUUUCCCUUAGUUACUAAAAGCAUUUGAACGAAUGGCUCAGAAAGUCAUAAUUAACAGGCCUCCGUCGAUUAUUCCUUUCGUGUAUUCACUCUUUCUUUGGGUACUCAUUGAUUCCAACCACUCACACGUCCAUCCACUUAACUCAUACAUUCGCCAUCCAUCCCUUCAUCCACUUUAACUCGCCACUCCCUCCGUCUGUACGGUGCCAGAAGCAUAAUAAUGAUUGUUGAGAUUUUACUCUGUCCAAAUCCUUGUUGUUGUUGUUGUUGUUGUUGAUGAUGUUCUUAUAUUUUUGGAGAGAAUUGAAGGGCUGAUAAGGGUUUUUUUUAUAGAAAAUUUAAGGGCUGAUAAGGCUUUUUUUUG